CCUGAACUUACAUCACUAAUUUAAUUUCCUUGUCACGACUAGCAUUAAACGUUCUAAUCUUUGAUAUAUAAAUUUUGAUUAGGAAGAGAAAUCUUGAGUUAGAUUCUAUAUUAUUCAAACAUACGGAACAAUUCUGAAAAGAUGUCUGCCAGCCAAGAGGAACAAAAUAAAUGCCCAACUCAUUACCAUAACAGGUUGGAAUUUUACUGUUCAACGUGCAAGAAAUCAGCAUGUAACGAUUGUAAAGAUAUUAUUCAAUGUUAUAAAAACAAGCAUGAUGUGUCUGAAUGGCAGACUACCCUGGAGGAGAUUAACCAAAAUGCUAUCGAAGGUCUUAAGAUAGCUGAGGAUAUCACCAUCAAAUUGGAAGGAACAUUUAAUUUUAUCUUGGAAGGCCAAAACCGCUUUUCCAAUGAUCUAACUUUAUGUAGAAGGACUAUUACAAAUCAAGAAGAAAAACUUAUCAGAACGGUUCGGGAGAAAAGCAAAGCAUUGAUGUCAGAUCUUGAAAUGAUUGCUAAUGCAAAGAAACAAGCCCAUGAUAUUCAUGUGACUGAUCUUGAUUCAAAGCUGGAAGAAGUGAAAGAGUUGAAGGCAACAGUUAACGCAAUAAUGAGAAAGCCAGAAGAAAAGGAAACUCUUGAAUCUCAUCUGAGAAAAAUUGAUGCUCUUAAAGAUAAUGUUUUAGGACCAAAUUUUGAUAAAUCAUUUCAUAAAAGAAAUGUUUCACCACAUUUUCUUCCAUCUUCGCACUUGGAUGAGUUGAUGAAUACUGAUGGCAUCGGUAAAAUCACAACUACUGAUAGCAUAACGUACAAGGUUGCUGAAGAUGAUAGAGCAAUUACAGUCACAAAAGCAGAACCAUUUGAAGUAAAAGUAUCAAGUCCAACAGAGAGUGAUGCAUGCCAAUUAGCAGCUACUCUAGUGAGCUCCUCAGGUAGAAAGAUUACAACUGAGGUACUAGAAGACCAGGAAAGUGGAAGGUACAAAAUAACAGGUAGAUGCAAUGUGGAAGGUGAUUGGCAAAUGAAGAUUACUGUUGGAUCUGCACACAUCGAAGGAUCACCAGUGAAUAUCAAGGUAGAAAGAUUGGGACUUGUUCAUACCACUGGUAACAUUUCAGAUUAUAAAGAACAUAAUAAGAGUAAAAAAGCAACUGGUGUAAUGUUAGAUAGAGAUGGAUACAUAUUAGUAUCAAGCCUAAGUAAAGAUAUAUUGAAGUUCAACCAAUCAGGUUUAUUUGUUGCUGGCAUACAGGUCCCACAUGAUGUGAAGGUUAACAGAAUCCACAAAAUGGGGAAUGGUCGCAUGGUGUAUAGUGAUAUCUCUGAAAAAUGCGUUGUAAUGUGUGAUGAUAAAUUUCAAACAAUCUGCUCAUUUGGUAAGAAUGAAUUAGAAUAUCCAAUGGGUGUGACAGUGAACAAAGAAAAUGGAGUCAUGUAUGUGGCAGAUCGUAAUGCUAAAUGUGUGUUUAAAUACAGGGUCGACGACAGAGAGCUUCUGGGUAAGAUAACAUGUUCACGUAAUAUUGGUCAAAUAAAGCCCCAUGGUAUCACUUUGACUAAGGAAGGUCAUGUGGUUGUUGCUGACUAUGAAAAUAACAGAAUACUACUGUUUGAUUUACUUAAUAUAAAGAUAAAAAUCCUUAUAUACAAUGGUAAGGAAGAUGGUAAAGUUUCAGCCCCUGAUGGUGUAGCCAUCGAUAUGGAUGAAAACAUAAUCGUAUCAAGUAAUCAUAAACUACAAUUAUUUGAUAAAAAUGGUGUCUUCAUAAAACGAAUAGACCAUAAAGAUGAUGGAUUAGAUACCCCAUCAGAGAUUACUGUAAUCUCCAAACGACCAAGGAGAUUAGCUGUAGUGAACAACAGACCAAACAAUGUUAAAAUAUACAAUUAUUGAAUGGCAUUCAGAUGCACUAUAAGCUCGACCAUUAACUAUUUUUCAUAUUCAUGUUCACCUUUUUCGUCAUUUUUCUUUUCUUUUUUUCCCCUGUAAAUACUCUUUUAUAUUUUGAUAUGUAUUUAUAUUUUUUAUUCUGGAUUUUUGUUAAAGCCACAGUAAGCUGAUGUAAAAAUAAUAAGCAUUAAACAACGAGAACUUUACUUCAAUAGAAAUAUUUUUAUUUUCAAUAACUUUGUUGCUAUAUAUGCUGCUUGUGAUUUCCUGAUGAUGACAUAUGUCGAAAUAUUGAAUCCCAACACGAUGGCGUGUAUUUCAAUACUUGGAGUAUGUAUUAUACUUUCUUAUCUGAGAUUAAUCAGUGGACAUUUCGGUUUGUGAUUUCUAAUUACAAAUAUUAAUUGCAUAAUGUCUAAACGCUUAGUAUGUAAGAAUUUUUCACAUCCUAUUAAAGAACAUCUAAAUUAAUUAUUUUUACACCAAAAAAACAUGAGCUCUAUGUUUACUAACAUAAUAAUUCGUACCUGUUAAAAAUAUAAUAUGGAAGUAGUAUAAAGUACACCACUUGUAUGACAAGACUUCACGCUUAUCAUCUUUGUUCAAACUUUAUAUAAGGAGAAGGGGUAAAUGCUUGCAAUGUUUUGAGAGAGAAGAGUGAAGGAGAUUACUUAGUAUUUAGAAUUGUUUUAAGGAAAUAAGGAGUAAAUUUAAGUACAGUUUGUUUAAUGGGAAGGGGUAAAAUUUGAAAUCUGUUUAAAGCCUUUUUAUCUUCUAUAUUGUACUCUUAUACUUGUAUAUUUUUUAAAAUAUAAAUUUAUAUGUUUUUAUUAGGUAAUUUGUUCUCACCUGUAAGUGGAGAUUUUUCGCUGUUGGAAGAAGAAUUAAAUAAAUAAAUAAAAUAAAUUUUAAAAAAAUGUUCAGGGAAGGAGGAGAGGGAUAAAGGGAUUAAUUUAGGCAUUAUAUUUGGAUUUAAGUUUUAGUUAUUCUUUUAUUAAUUUGAUGUGUCUUGUAAUCAUUUGUCAUUAGGUUUUGUGUUUUUGGACACACCUUUGUUUUACAAAGAUGUGCCACUGGUGUAAAAGUGUAAGUCCAAAUAAAUAUUAUUAUUAUUAUCAGUAUGAACAAAAAUUAUGUAUUGGUUUAAAUGUUCUUUCAAUAAGAAAGAAAUAAUGUAGAUCUAUUGUAAAUGUUCUUAUUACUGUAUAAGAACAUCAAUUAUAAAUUUGUGAAAUUCAAAAUGAAGAAUUGAACCUUUGACCUCUAGGUUCAGAAGCAGAAGUGCAACUGGUGCAUCAAACUGCUACUGUAUUUUAGCUUAGGGUGAUUUAAACGAAAAACUUAACAUUCGUUAUUUAUAAUGACAUUGAUGUUAUUGUUGAUGUUUAAGUUUUAAGGGGAAGGAGUAAUUGCAUUGUUUGGGCAUGAAGGGUCUUAGAAUAUUGUUUAUGAAAAUAAGGGAAAAAUAUUAUUAUUAUUACUAUUAUUAUUAUUAUAAUGACAGAUAAUCUCAAUUAGCUGCAAACUGUAUUUGUUGGUGAGGUAAAAAUAAUAACAGUAAAUUAAUUGUGUUUGUAGUUACAACAUGCUAAGUUACAGUUGAUAGUGAGGAAUAAUAAUGUUAGUGCUUAUUGGUGACACAA